GGCCGCCCCUGGGCGCCCGCGCCCGGACCCGCGGUUUCGGUCAGACCCGCCCGCGGGCUGGUUUCGAUUAGGGCCAGUAGGAGGGCGGAGCGGCUGGGACGCGAGGAGGGAACUAGCCUAAGUGGGGAGGGUCCCCGCGCAGGAGACAAAGAGCGUCCCUGGAGCCAUCAGGACGCAGGAGCCCGACCCGGAGCCCCAGGCGCCCGCGCUGACUUCGCGUCCCCGGAGCCCGGGGCACGGCAGGGAGAAGACGACGGCGGAGAAGGCGACAGCGGAGAAGGCAGGCAGGCUGCAGGGGCGCCGUCGGCGCGGCGGGCCGGGAUGCGGACGCCGGUGGUCAUGACGCUGGGCAUGGUGUUCGCGCCCUGUGGGCUGCUGCUCAACCUGACCAGCACCCUGGCGCCCGGCUGGCGGCUGGUGAAGGGCUUCCUGAACCAGCCAGUGGACGUGAAGUUGUAUCAGGGCCUGUGGGACAUGUGUCGCGAGCAAAGCAGCAGCGAGCGCGAGUGCGGCCAGACGGACGAGUGGGGCUACUUCGAAGCCCAGCCCGUGCUGGUGGCGCGGGCACUCAUGGUCACCUCGCUGGCCGCCACGGUCCUGGGGCUGCUGCUGGCGUCGCUGGGCGUGCGCUGCUGGCAGGACCAGCCCAACUUCGUGCUGGCAGGGCUCUCGGGCGUCGUGCUCUUCGUCGCUGGCCUCCUCAGCCUCAUCCCGGUGUCCUGGUACAACCACUUCUUGGGGGACCGCAACGUCCUGCCCGCUCCGGCCAGCCCGGUCACGGUGCAGGUCAGCUACAGCCUGGUCCUGGGCUACCUGGGCAGCUGCCUGCUGCUGCUGGGCGGCUUCUCGCUGGCGCUCAGCUUCGCGCCCUGGUGUGAAGAGCGUUGUCGCCGCCGCCGCAAGACGCCCUCCGCCGGGCCUCGCCGCAGCAGCGUCAGCACCAUCCGAGUGGAGUGGCCCGAGCUGGCGCCCGCCAUCAAGUACUACAGCGACGGCCAGCACCGACCGCCGCCUGCCCAGCACCGCAAGCCCAAGGUCGGCUUCCCCAUGCCGCGGCCGAGGCCCAAGGCCUACACCAACUCGGUGGACGUCCUCGACGGGGAGGGGUGGGAGGCGGCCGAGUCCCAGGACGCUCCCUCGUGCAGCACCCACCCCUGCGACACCUCGCUGUCCGCUCCCUCGUGCAGCACCCACCCCUGCGACAGCUCGCUGCCCUGCGACUCCGACCUCUAGACGCCUGUAGAGCCUGGGGGGCGCCAGGUGGCAAAGGACUCACCCCCGCAGAGGCCCGCCUGGCUUCGAGUUGGAACCCGGACACUUGCCCCUCACUGGUGUGGAUGGAAAUCUUCCUUUCGUGGGACCAAACAGGACUCCUUGGAUGAUUAGUUCAGGUUCAUGCCGUUUCUGUGCAAAGCCAAGUCUAUUCUUGAGAAAACGAGAAGCACCAGUUUCCACUUGAGGUGAGACUGGAAAUCUUUUCCUUUGUAGCAGCGGUGCUUAGAAUCACAGGAAGGCAGCUAUGUGUUCCAUGAAGGGGACUGGGUCUC